UUUGUUUUCACUUUCACUUUCACUUUGGUAGAGACUGCCACACUUACAGUACAUGUUCUUCACGUUCGCGUUUAAAAUUAAAAAUGUUUCUCGAAAUUAAUAAUUUAAUAGACGUCAAACAAACAGAAAGACUCAACGGUUGGUUUGCUGGGAUAUCGGAGUCAUCAGUUGAAGGAUCAUUUCUAGUUCAUCAUUUUCUGUCACAUUCUUUGAAAACGUCGACUCCAGUUUGUUUUGUUGCACUCAGUCAGUCUUUUGGACAUUAUAAUGCAAUUAGUCAAAAGUUUGGUACAAAUUUAACAACACAAAAGGAAAAAAAUAAACUCGUAUUUGUUGAAGGACUUAAACUUUUGGGGAAUACAUGUUGUAAAGAUUGUGACAAGGGAGACAAUCCAGUUGAUGACAAAUCUGUUUUAACUAAUUUGUUACAGUUCAUUAGCACAUCUUACAAAGAACUUAAAGAGAAGAAUGGUUGCUCACCAACUAUCAUCAUAGACAACAUAUCUGUUCUUACAGUUCUUGGUUUUGACACAAAAGAUGUGAUUACAUUUUGCCAUUAUUUACAUGAACUAAUACAUGAAGACAUUGGUGAGAAAGGAUGUCUUGUCCUCUAUGCAAGCAAUGGUAAACAGAAUGGUGAUGAAAAAAUGAAAAUCUUAUGGAACUGGAUGUGUCAUAACUGUACUGUCACCAUGGAAGUGUGUGGGCUAGCAACUGGUUACUGUAAGGAUGUUCAUGGAGAGAUUGCUGUUAAACACAGACAUUCUCUAACAAAACCAGGAAAAGAAAAAAGAAUGCAGUAUAAACUGACAGAUAAGAAUAUUGUUUUGUUUGCUGCAGGGAUGUCAUCAGCUGUUCUAUAAAUAGAUAAAAAUUAAAAUAAUCUACAUGUA